AUGGGUCUUGCCUGGACCAACAUGGGUGGAGCCACGCUCUACAUCGAAGCUAGGGGCCGGCUUCCGCUUGAAGGCAGCAUAGGCAACGAUAUCACUCAAGUCAUCAUUCAGGGCAUUGACGAAGAGAAGCCGCCAGAGAAGAGCGAUGCCGAACCUGGUGAAAUGCAGGUCACAGGCCAACUUGGUGCGGUGAUGAGCGAAUCCAGCAGCAUCUCUCUGACGUAUGCACGGAUGUUUAUCCGUGAGUUGAAUCCAGAGAAGUCGUUCCUGGACAAGGCGCAGAUUCAUCUCAAUGUCCCAGAAGGUGCCACCCCAAAGGAUGGACCCUCAGCUGGGGUGACCAUGGCAACUGCUUUGCUCAGCUUGGCCUUGGACGUUCCGGUGAGGUCGGACGUUGCCAUGACUGGCGAGCUGUCAUUGAUGGGGAAAGUGUUGAAGGUGGGAGGGAUCCAGGAGAAGGUGAUUGCUGCUCGCCGGGAGAAUGUCUCAACAUUGCUUCUGCCUCGGCAGAAUGAGGCCGAGUUCGUAGAGAUCAAAGAGUACCUGCGAGCUGGCAUCACUGCCCAUUUCGUCGACCAUUUCGACGAUGUGUACAGGUAUGCGUUUGAAGGGAAGGAGGUGCCACCCUUGCCCUUUGAGCCCAGAGGACUGUCAGCAACCACCAUCGUGACCCCUUCAGAUGUCAGACCACCGCCUUUCACUGAGGCAAGCGCUGUGGUUGCGAGAUUGUGA